CUGGUCUCCAAGUGAGUUAACACAGCACUGCCCCACAAGAGAAGCAGAGUUGAAGCAACCCACAGAAGACACACUGUUCACACCAGACAAGAAAACAAAUCCAAUGACUAGGUGGAUACUAUUUGUUCAACUCUUUGCCGGGCUCCUUCUCAAUACAGGUGGAGAUGCCUCCUGUGCUAUUGACCUGAUCCCACCCCGCGUUGUGGUGAAAUACGGAGACUUGGUCUCAGUCAACUGCAGCUCAUCAGCAAGUGACUUUGGAGGAAUUGGCUGGGAAGCUUCACAAGGAGACACAGGCCUUCGGGAGACGAGACAUGUAAUGUGGACAGUUGAGAGACUAAUACAUUGGGAAAUUAGUCCCUUGUGCUUCUUCAACAAUGUACAUGAUAAACAAUGUAGCACCAGACUGGGACUUGUUAUCUACACAUUUCCUGAAAACAUUAGCAUCAGCUCCAGCAAUAAUAACAAUAAAGCAAUGGAAGAAAAUGUGGAGUAUAACCUUUCAUGUAGCAUCCUCAAUAUUGCACCAGUUCAAAAUCUCACCAUAAAGUGGUACAGGGGAGACGCUGCCAUUCACACAGAGAUUCUUACAAAUGACAAGAAGAAACCCACAAAUCAGACAUCUGUCUUCAGUUUUAAACCGAUGAGACAGGAUCACCAAACCACUAUCAGAUGUGAAGCACACAUGGACUUGGGGCCAGAAGGUCCACAAUUUAAUGCAUCUUCACAGGAGUUAAAUAUAGACGUUGAGUUUGCACCUGACAUUGAGUGUUACACCAUAGAGGUUCGAGAGGGAGAAUCUUUGGAUGGGAAAUGCAACGUGACAGGAAACCCGCCUCCAAAUGUUAAGUGGCUGAAAGAUGGACGUCCCAUAAACCUGACAGACCUUCUGAGAAGAGAUGACAAAGGGAUAUAUGAAGUUAAAGCUGAGGGCCUUACCUUAGUUGAAAAGAAAAUCCAAGUGAAUGUACUCUAUGGACCAGAGCGGAUGUGUCCAGAUACAUACACUGCUCCAGAACAUACUUCACACAACCUCACAUGCAGUCAGGGCUUCCCAAAACCUCAGGAGAUCUGGUACAAAGAUGAUGAGGAGGUCAAACUUCCAGACAUCCUAACAAGAAGAGAUGCUGGCCAGUACUGGGUCACAGUUUCAAACAAUCUGACAACUCUCAACUUUACAGUGGACAUUGUUGUUCAUUACCCACCAUCGGAUAUACUGGAGCUUGAAAAUUCUGAAGUUCAGGUCGGAGGGGUUUUUGGACUGAAGUGCUCUUCUGUAGGUAAUCCACGCCCCAACUACUCCUGGAUUUACUACAAGACUCACAAUGUAAAUGAGAGAACUGAAGAUGGAGUGUCCGGUCUCAUCAUCAACGAUGCCACUGGAUUCAACACGGGUUCCUACACUUGCCAAGCUUGGAACGGGAGAGGAAAUGUCUCCAAAACAGUUAGGGUCACCGUCAAAGGUGCCAAGCCGGAAUGCCCCAUUGAAAUAGAACCAGACACAAUGGUGUUGAAAUACCAAAGUAGAGGGUGGUCUGCGGUUUGCAAGCCCCAAACCAAUGAGUCAAAUGUUAAGGAAAUAUUCUGGAAGACCAGGGAGGACCGUAGAAUUUUCAACAGAACGUGGAAUCCUGAUAUACAUGAAAACUGGGACCUAAGUCCUGUUUGUCAUGGAGAGUUUUUGGGAAUAGGAAGAUGUAAUAAAACUUUACACUACAUUCUUUACAAACCCCCAGAAACUGUCUCCAUUGACAUUGUGAAUAAUUCAGAAUCCACAGUGGAGGGAGCAGAGAUGAAACUGCAGUGUAGCAUUAUCAAUGUGACUCCUGCAGAACACCUCAGAGUACGCUGGAUGUGGCAAAGAGGGAAUGAAACUAUUGAGCCUGCUUUAGUGGGAGUAAACAAUGAAUCAGGAUGCAGCUUCCCUACCCGCAGAUCUCCUGUAAAUGUGGUUUGCACCAUGAACAUCACUCUGAAUAGGACUCAUGAUGGAAUCCAGGUUCAAUGUGAAGCUGAACUAAAUCUGGGACCUAAAGGACCACAGCCCCCUCCAUCUAUGACAUCCAAUUCAUUCAACCUCAGCGUCCAAUAUGAACCCAGGAUUAACACUACAAAGCUUCCGAAGUUGGUCCCGGUGAUCAGAGGUUAUACAGAGGAGCUUUUUUGUGAGGCUGAUGGCAACCCACCCCCGAGGAUCCAAUGGCAUUACAGCUCAGGCACAGCUUCUCUUGGGUUAAAUGGCACUCUCGUUGUGAAAGAGGAGGGCAUCUACAAUUGCACCGCUGAAAAUGAUCUCAACACUGACAAACGUGUGGUUCAAGUCAUUCUUAAAGAGGACUACCUGCCCCUCAUCGCUGGAUUUGUGGCUCUCACAGUUGUGAUCAUCUCCAUCAUCUUUGUCUUCAUUUACUCAAUCUACUACAAAAAUACCAAGAUGCGUCGCUACAGCCUUAAAAACCCCAAGCUCAGUAGUCACAAUGGCAAUGUUGCUCACAACGGCUGGGACAUCCAGCUACCAGUGACCAAACUGUCUUAGCAGAACCCCUGUUGAUAUCUGCUCAUUCUAGAUGAACUCCAUCUCUGUGGCACCACAACUAACAGUGCUGUAAGGUCUGAAAAUCAGAUGGCAGAUUUACACUGGGCAGGUUGGUAAUGGCUUCUGCUCCAGGCGUCAUAUUAUAUUCUCAUCUGCUUCUCCACAUUUUCCCAUUGAGGAAGUUUUAUGCUUUUAUAAUUAUGGAAAUAUUCUCGUCUGUUUUAUUGGAUCGAGCAAAAUGAAGGAAUGAGGAUGUGAAAUUUGGCUGAGAAUAAACAGAUUUUGUAUUUUUCAUAAGAAAGGAAUGUAUUGAUUUCUUAUUUUUUUUACAAUGAUUUCGUGUAUCUUUGACAUCUUUUUU